UAAAUUCAGUCAUCUUCUCAUGCCCUUCUUUGUUUGCGGAGCUUGUUAAUGGAGUCUUCUUAAGCAAUUUCUGGAUUUAUGAUAUGGUGCAGAAGGAAGAAGGAGCAGGGGAAGCGAGUGAGAAGGUAAAAGAGGGUAACGGAGAGGGGUUGAAGCAACGGAGGCGAGAAAAAAAUUGAAAUUAAUAGGUGCACUGAGACAAGUGGCAGCCAAUUAAUGGAGUGUCACGUGUAAGGACGGUCUCACCAAAUAUUUUUUUGGCAACUUGCAUCCCAUAUAUUUUUACUUUGGUCAAACAAGCAUGCCAUAAAGAAAAAAGGCGCCUUCUUGGCGUUUUCUCGAGAAGGGUAAUCGUCAAUCCAAGGAGAGAAAGGAUAUCAAAAUUUCUCCAUCUGACUAUAUAACAAUUUGGGAGCCCCCUCAAGAACCAAGACAUUAUUAUUGAGUUUAGUCGUUGCCACUUUGAAGUCAAACAACGUUGCUCCUGCCCAGGGAUCCAGAGGAUGUCGACGGCUUUCUUCCUGAAGAUGUGGCUUUUGGGGCGAAAGGGCCAUCUGGAUUCUCUGCUCGCUCCACGGCUGAAGAAGUCACUCGAGGAAUCGAUGGAAGUGGUCUCGCUGCCGUUGUCACAGGUGCCUCUAGUGGUAUUGGCGUGGAGACUACAAGAGUUCUUGCUUUGCGUGGAGUCCAUGUUGUUAUGGCCGUGAGGAACGUGGAUGCUGGUAGGAGAGUCAAAGAAGCUAUACUUAAGGAACUCCCAUCUGCUAAGAUUGAUGUGAUGGAGUUGGAUCUCAGCUCCAUGGCAUCUGUUCGGAAAUUCGCAUCAGACUAUCAAUCCUCCGCUCUUCCCUUGAAUCUCCUUAUUAAUAAUGCAGGAAUAAUGGCAUGUCCCUUCACGCUUUCCCCAGAUAACAUUGAACUACAGUUUGCAACAAACCAUAUUGGUCAUUUUCUUCUGACAAAUCUUUUGUUGGAGACUAUGAAAAAAACGUCACGGGAAAGCAAUACAGAAGGAAGGAUAGUUAACGUGUCCUCAGAGGGUCACCACUUUGCACACCAAGAAGGAAUUCGUUUUGAUAAAAUCAAUAGCGAAUCAGAAUACAAGACUAUGGAAGCCUAUGGACAGUCGAAGCUCGCGACCAUAUUAUAUGUUAACGAGCUUGCAAGGCGCUUAAAGGCAGAAGGGAUGCAGAUAACUGCUAAUUCACUUCAUCCUGGAGCUAUAGCAACCAAUCUUCUUCGCCAUCAUAGCAUUCUCAAUGCACUCGGUAGUUUUUUCGGAAAAUUGUUCCUGAAAAAUGUUCAGCAGGGAGCGGCAACUACAUGCUAUGUGGCUCUGCACCCACAAGUGAAAGGGGUUACUGGCGAAUACUUCUCGGAUUGUAAUAAAGCCGAACCAAGCUCUCUCGCACAAGAUGCAGAACUGGGAAAGAAACUAUGGGAUUUCAGCAUAAGCCUGACUGAUCCUAAAUAAUAGGGGUGUGCAACCAAACUGGUUCUAUUUGAAAACUAGACUGGACCACCCAAAAAAUAGGUCCGAGAAUUGAUUUUCGAUGGAACCGAUCCAGGAACAAGUUUUGAGUGAAUGCCACUUGGGAACUGGACCAGAUUGUUUUGUUUUGAAAUUGAUCUUGGAACCGGUUUAAUAAGUUAAAAAGACAAAAUCCCAAUUUCCUUUUCCCUUAAAUUUUAA